CACCGUAGCGACCAGGUGCCUGCAGAGAGGGAGGCUCUGCGGUCGCUCCACACUUUGACCGUCUCCGGCCUCAGAGGGGCCUGUAUAGGUGGCCUGGGCUUUGACCUUCUCUCCCACGUGCAGUUAGAGUGAGAGGCCUGUUGCCAUGGUGCUCGGGAGAACCAGGGAGAACCAGGGGCAACUUCCGUGCCGCAUUUGGGAGGCGAGAGAUGUCCUAACGCUGCCGUGUAUUUAUAAAUGUUCCGGAAGAGCCCGCAGAUCUGGCCAGUGGGAUUAUGUUCAUGGCCAAGAAUACCGCGGUCAGGGAGCUGCCGUCAUUAAUGUCACUUUGGCUGGAGCGGUGGAAACUCUGAUCCGUCGGGCUGCGGGAGGGCCCUCCUCCCUCGAACCCCUCCUGCUGGGGUGGGGAUGAGCCCUGUUUGGGCCGAGCGGUCAUCCUCAUUUCGUUAGGGUUUUUGGACAGGUAUUUUUGAUCUGGUUGCAUUGGUGAUUUAAUUGAUGAUUUACAGCUGGUUUAGUUUUGAAUUUCUAUUAUGAUGGGUAACAUUUCAAAACAAAGAAAAAGGUUACACGUGGUAUGUUUUUAAGUACUUCAUUGCUUCAGUAAAGUUGAGGCGGGGGGAACGAAGCUGGAUCUCAGUACCAUAGGGCUGGAGCACCUGGGUAGAGUCUGGACGUGCUCUGCUGCCUCCUCCUCACUGCUUGUCAGUUCUUAGGGCAGUCCCCCCUCCCCUCUCUUUUUAUACCAGUGGUCACUAGAAUGUACAUAUGACUGGGGUCACACGCAGAUGUUGUUGUGUAUUUAUUGAUAUUUAUUGUGUAUGUUCACUGAAAAGCUCCAAGCAGCUCAGGGCUCCAGACUCACUUGGCCCUUGAGGAAGAUUUCUCUUUUGCUGCAGAGACUUGGUGUUUUUUAUUUUUUAAACAGUGCCAGAAUAUAGCUAAAUAUGACUGUGGACUUUUACCGUGUUUUUACUGUCAGGCACGUUGACCUGCUGUGUCUUGUCUGUGACUCACACAGGAGGGAUUUGCAGGAGGAGCCCUGAGAGCUGCGUGCCAUAGGGCGCUGUCCUCCCUUCCCCCUCCUCCGUUUCACCCAGCGGUCACCCGCCCCUCGUUGACAACGGUCGAUUGAAGCCGGGUGGGAAAAAUCGGGAUCAGACCCCACUCACCCCCCCACGUUUAGCUGUGGUCUUGGGGAGGUGAGUGGGGUUUAAACGGGAGGCCGAGCAGAUUGAGGUUCUCUGUAACCUGAGAGCUCACGCUAUAAAUAACCAAGACAGGUUCAUUUGUGUACCGGGGUGUUGGCAGGGAAGAGCGACCGCUGCUGUUGACAUUGUCCCCCGCUACUUCUCUCUGGAAUUAACCGCUUUUGGAGCUUGCGGUCAUGCAACGCUGCAGGACGGGACCUGAGCUCGGCGCGAGAUGGACUGGCAGGCAGAACCAUCCUCGCUGAUGCCUCCUGCGCUGGAGAUUUCCGUAGCUCCAGCAGCAGCCCUUCCUUCCAGCCAAUCCGUAGCCAGAUUCCCAUCCCGACUGCCCAUGUGAUGCCCUCCACAGCUGGCCCUCUGGCCCCCAAGUGCCAGGCUUCGGCCACGGCUCCCUCAGGCUCCCGGGAGUCUAGCUCAUCCAGCUCCUCCAAGUCCUGCUCCCUGGCCAAGUCGGCGUCGUCCCCGAACCUGGAGGGCCAGACGCACGCAGACGGGGGGCCCGCCACCAAGCCGGACUGCCUGAGCCGCUACAGAAGCUUGGUGAAUGGGCUCGACCACUCCCUGUUUCCGCCAGGGGGGGAGCGGUCGCGCCUUGACGAUGGCCAGGGGUUCGAGGUGCCCACCAUGGAGCCCACGCUCAACCAGUCGGUUCUGCUGACCACCUUCUGCCCAGAUCCCCGUUACCGGCUGCAGAUGAGUGGUCUGGGCGGGACUCCUGAGGUGCGGGUGGGGACUGGGGCGGAGUCGACUUACAAGCUCCUUCCAGAGGCCAAGCCUGGGCUCCACGGUGCACCCCAGAGGCCCUCCCAGCAGGCCAUGCUACGGACCAGCCAGGGGUGUGAGGCCCAGAGUCAGGACAGGGUGUGCGAUGAGGCUGCCUGGAGGCAGCAGCAACACCAGCUGGAGAGCCUGCGACUGCAGGUGGAGCACAUGAAGUUGCUGGCUGCAGGUACGGGACAGGUGUCCCCUGUGUGCCCCCCCAGCCUGCUGACCAGCGGCACCACGUGGGAUGCCAUCAUCAAGGCCAGUGAGAGCCUGCUGAAGGAGAAGGACCUGCUCAUCGAGAGGCAGAACCAGCAGAUGCUGCAGCUGAAGCAGCGGCUGCGGGAGAGUGAGCUGCAGGUGCACAGUGCCCUGCUAGGGCACAACGCUCCCUAUCCUGACGUCUGUCUACUGAGGCUGCAGGAGGCACAGCGCGAGAACGCAUUCCUGCGUGCGCAGUUCGCCGAGCGCAACGAGAGCGUCGCCAAGGAUGCAGCGCAGGCCGAGCGGCGCCUCGCGGUGGCAGAAGCGGAGUCAGGCAGGCUGAGCGAUGAGCUGCGAGAAGUCGCCCGGAAGCAUGCUGAAGAGAAGAAAAAGCAGGAGGAGCGGAUCCGCAGCCGUGACAAACACAUCAGCAGCCUGAAGAAGAAGUGCCACAAAGAGAGCGAAUUGAGCCGCGAGCGGCAGCAGCGCAUCGAGACGCUGGAGCGUUACCUGGGCGACCUGCCAACACAGGAGGACCACAGGGCCCAGAGCAAGGAGCUGGAAGAGGCGCACCAGAGGGUUCAGCAGCUGCAGGAGGCUGUGGGGGGUCUGGAGACCCACCUGGCAGAGGCACGGGCAGUCCUCCGGGUCCAGGAGUCCCAGCUAGAGGAGCAAAAGCAGCGGGAGAAGGAGCUCCUGGCCACGGUCACCAGCCUGCAGGAGCGCGUGCAGCAGGGGCUGGAGGACGGGGCCCGACUGCCCUCCCUGGAUGCUGAGACGCUGCGGGAGGAGAACGCAGUGUUGAGGGAGGAGCUACAGAGGCUCCGCAAGGUCACUGAUGAAGACCAGCGGCUGCUGGACCAACUGGGAACGCAGAUUCGGGCCCUGGAGAAGCAGCAGGCCCAGGAGGAGGGUGCGAGCCAGGCACUGCGGGAAGAGCUCUUGGCAAAGGACAGGAGUCUACAGCAGCUGCGCAGCGCAGUCAAGGAGCUGUCGGAUCAGAACCAGGAGCUGGUGGAGCGCACUCUGACCCUGCAGGAGAAGCUGGCCGAGUGCGACCGGGACCGGAGCCCAGCGUCCCAGGAAGAGGCGCGUCUCUCCCGUAGGCUGCACGCCGAGAUGGCAGCCUGUUUGGGUGACCUGCGCUCCCUCUGCAGUGUGCUGACCCAGCGUGCCCAGGGCCGCGACCCCAACCUCUCCCUGCUGCUCGGCGUCACCCCUUCGGCAGCCUCCGCUGACCAGUCCCAGGAGUGCAGCAGCCCCGAGGUCCUCGGCAGGAAGCUGGUGGAGGUGCAGCAGCUGCGACGCGAUGUGGAGGACCUGCGCACCCUGGUGUCUGACCGCUACGCGCAGGACAUGGGCGAUAGUUGCAUUACGCAAUAGCCCUGGUGUUGGAGUGGCAGUGCACCUCUUUACCAGGACCUGUGGGAGGAGCCUUACAAAAGGGAUGGGGUUUCCUAGGGUGUCCAUGGGCACUUCUGUGAAGAAGAUGCUGAAAACAGCCCCUGUGGAACAGAACUUCGUUUGCUUGACCUGACAUGACCCCCAAGCUGAGGCAGGGGGGCUGCGACCCGGAGGCCACAGUGCCGUGUGUGUGAACACACCUCGUUCACUGGGGUGUCCUUCUCUCAUGGUUGAUAAUCAACUGAAAAAUGUCCCCUGUUCCUCCUUGUGAGCGACAGGACGGUCAUGAAUGGUCUGAUGUGAGCGGGGGGGGGGGGGGCGGGGGGGGAUGCAGAAUGCUCUAACCCUGGACAAGGUAAAGAGUAAACAGCUUCUCGAACCUGGGACCAGGAAGGUGUCCCAGAGCAGCAGUUGUCUUUUCAGCGGACGGACCCGGUCGAACACCCUGUGGUCCUCAUGACACCGACCGCUUUGGAGUUGCUGUCCAACUGGUACCGUUACCCCGGUAAACCCUUUUUGCAGGGUAAAGUAAGCCGUAAUCAAGUCAUUUCUGUUGUGCCUUGAAACUGCUGCAACUGAAGUUCCUGCUCCUGUCCUCCUCGUUGUUGUGCUCAUUAUUCUCAACGAGAACAACAGGGACUUCCUGUAACCGGUGACACGGCACGAGGUGCUCAGCGCGCGCAGCCACACAUUCCUGUUAUGAACUCGUAGAUCUUACAGAGAGAACAGGUCCCAGUCACUGCGUCCCACACGGGCCUCGUGCAGCGGCCCGGACGCUCGAACCCGAGCUCCUCGGCCUCACGUUUGCGCUUCCCUUCCGCUCCUCGCUCGUCAGGGACGUUUUACACUGAUUUACCGCACGUCCGCCCACGCCUGGGGAUGCGCGGUGGCGUUUUUAUUCCAGCUGUUUUUCCCGAACUUUCUUCUGCACUUUGGAAAUAAUAAAGUUUGUUUUUGGAAA